AUGGCCCGUGUGACCAAACUGCACCCGCAACACAAGUUUUUUGAAGGGGUUUUCCGGUUUGCAAGUACCAUGACUGAAGUGCACCCGCAAGAACUCCAUAUCUGGAGGCAUUAUUUUGUCCAUGUGGUGAUGGCAGAGCGGGACAUUAAUCCUGUUCAUGCGGCGUCGUCUCUGCCUCGGAAGCUCGUGGUGGCGGCCGCUCUUCUUGCGCUGUCUGUGGCCAUCGUGGCGUCGCGUGCGCCGGAGAACCAGAGCAGCUGCUACAAGCGUUUAUUCAGCUUCGGUGACUCUCUGAUCGACACCGGCAACUACAUCGCCCACUUCUCCGCCACACCGGGUCGCGUGGUGGAGUUACCAUCCCGGUGUUUCCAUCACCUACGUCGACUACUAUGGCGAGGUGCUCAGCCUUGUCACCAAGCCGGCGGAGAAUGGUUUUGGCGUCGAGACGGUGCUUGA